AUGGUGUCAGUCGCAGAGCCCGAGGGCCAGAGAACUGGACAGGUGGCGAUGCAGGUAGCCAGCCCGGAAACACAUAGGUCACAUGACACCAUACAAAAUGGUCCCAGUACCAGUAUUCCCGGCUUCGAUCUUGCCGUCCAACAAGCAUCUCAACUUCCAUCACCUUCGCCUUCAAGAUCGCCAUCGCCUUCUUCACGGAAUAUAUCCCCAUCUCAGGGCGGAACAGAGUCGUCGGUAGGAAACACCGGUACAUUACCCUCAGUUGCCCACGAACGCAAGUACUCGGGGUCCUUCGGGAAAGCCUCAACAACCAGCUCGGCAACCAAGGACAGCGAUGAAACCGCCAUCUUAUCUCCUCUGUCCAUAUCGAAGACGCUGCCACCCCAUGAACUCCACGAUAUUCCAGAAGAGAGAAUAGGAAAGCCGCGGGAGGGAUCGAUCAUCAGAGCCAAUGGAGAAAUGCCGAGACCUGUGGGAACGGAGAGCUUGGCAGAAGAGAACAGAAGAAGACCUCGAAAACUUUCAGUAAACAAAGUCAAUGGCGAAAUCCUCAAGUUGUCGGCUGCUGAAGUUGAAGAGUUGAUAUCAGCGCCAGAGUAUUUGCCCGUGACAUCGCCAACAAGGUUGACUGUUUCGGCGCAGGCUUCACUUGCGCCAUCGCCAGUCAUCGACAUAAGAGGCUCUGUAUCUGAUGGUCCGCAUUCCGAUGUGGAAGGCAGGCGUCGAAGGUAUAGAAAGACCAGUGCUCCUGAGGCGAUGGAUGUUUUGCCGGAGGAUCAAGUCAAUCGCCGGGCCAGAGCCGAGACUGCUUCGCACACUUUCAUCAGAAGGCCUGGGCAUUUCUCACGAGCUAUAACAACCCCACCUACAGCCAGUCAACAUGCACCACACACAAAAGCACAGCAGGGUCAACAGUCACCGAAACGCAAGCCGAACUCAUCAAGUUUGCGUCCGGAACCAUUAGAUCUUAGCCAGGUCUCAGCGAAGCUCCAAAACAGCGCAAGCAAACCAGACUCGGCCACGCCAUCUCCCAUACCACAGUCAAUACCUAUUCCUCCUAUGUCAAUACCGACAUAUCUACAGCUGGAGCUGUCUUCGACAAGGCCAUCACCUCUUUACAUUUAUCGUCCAGCGUCCAGCGAAUUCCCGUAUGAAUCAUCGAAGGUCAAGUUUGAACGAUUGUUAAAUUUUCUAUUACUGCCCCCACAACUAGAACAGACUCUUUACUUUGGAACGAUGGCAUGUCUGGACGCUUGGCUGCACACGUUUACAAUCCUGCCUCUACGUUUCUUCAAAGCAGCUGGCAUCUUGAUUCAGUGGUGGGGCCAAGCCAUUGCAAAGGAGGCACGCUCCAUUGCUGGUUUUAUAUACCAAGGAUCGGGAAGGUUCUGGCACCGUCAACGUGAGAGGCGGGGAAGCACCGAUUCGGCAGAGAGGUCACGAAGUGUAUCUAGAGCGAGCCGUCCAUCAGCUUCUACCAUGGCCUCUUAUCAAUCCCAGUCUGGGAGAAAAAUUGAAAUCGGGCCUCCUAAUCUUAACGCAGAACAUCUGAGAGUUGAGCUGGAACGGAAGUCGAGACAAAAUUGGGGUCGCAGGCAUAGACGGAUGAAGUCCCAGCCAUCUUCCCUAUCAUCUUACAAUAAAGCAGAUCUCCUUCAGGGAGCAGUUAUCAUGUGCAGCUGUAUCAUUCUCAUGAAGCUGGAUGCUAGCCGGAUGUACCACAGCAUCCGAGGUCAAUCCGCAAUCAAGCUUUAUGUCAUUUUCAACGCCCUCGAGGUUUGUGACAAGCUUCUUGCUGCUCUUGGACAGGACAUUCUUGAGUGUUUGUUUUCCAAUGAGACUUUGGAGCGGGAUGUCGACGGAAGAAGCAAGGUUUUGCGACCUUUGUGCAUGUUCAUCCUGGCACUAAUCUACAACGUUACACACGCAACUGCCCUGUUCUACCAAGUCAUCGCUUUGAAUGUCGCCGUCAACUCUUACUCCAACGCGCUGCUCACCCUCCUUAUAUCUAACCAAUUUGUGGAGAUCAAGUCGACCGUGUUCAAGAAGAUUGAAAAGGACAACCUGUUUCAACUCACCUGCGCCGACAUCGUGGAGAGGUUUCAGCUUUGGCUUAUGCUAGUCAUCAUUGCUCUGCGAAACAUUGUCGAAGUGGGUGGGCUGAGUAUCAUCAGCGGAUCAGAUGGUGAUAUGGUAGGGGAGAGGGCAUCAACCCGGAGCAGCUCCAUCUUUCCCAGCAGCUUUACCAUCUUCCCCAGUUGGUCGGGAGAAGUCCUGACUCCUUUCCUGUUGGUAAUCGGUAGCGAGAUGUUAGUGGACUGGAUCAAACACUCUUACAUAAGCAAGUUCAACAACGUUAAGCCGGCCGUCUAUCAGCGCUAUCUGGACGUCCUUGCCAAGGACUACUACACCAAUGCUUUUGUCAACCAGAACUUGAUCAAACGUCUCGGAUUGCCUGUCAUCCCCUUGUCGUGCCUUUUCAUUCGAUCUUCGAUGCAAACUUACCACAUGUUCCUUGCCACCCAUCUCCCAUCCCCAGUCGCAUCGACCGCAACCGCUCUCUCCGUCGAAUCGACGAGCACGUCUGCGGCCACGACGGCUGCGUUAGAACACUUCGAUACCAUCAUUCGCAAGGCUUUGGGCCGCUCGACUUUCGGUAUUCCGGACCCGUUAGCCACCAACCCUUGGUACCUGCCCAGCGCGGAUGAUGCCAUUGCCGCACUGACCAUGCUCGUCUUCUUCCUCGGUGCUUUCUUCGUCUUGCUCGCAUGUAAGCUCGUGCUGGGCAUGCUCCUCCUCCAAUUCGCCCGCAACCGGUACCGCAGCAUGAAGAAGCGAGAGCACCAGAACUACGGCGCGGAGGGUAAGCGUCUUGGGGUUGGGGGCAUGACGGAAGUCGACGAGGACAAGAGACGAUGGAUUUACCAGGACGACCCGGAGGCAUUGAGGAAGAUGAAGGAGAAGGAGAAGAUGGGGAAGGAGAAGGCGGACAAGAGUCUGGAUUUCGGGAAGAUUAGUCGAUAUGAGAUGCUGAAGAGGAUAUGGUGA